AAGAACAGAUCCAACUACCGGGGAGAGAGUUGGGUUUUUUUUCCCUCUCCCUCCUGGUCACCGUCUCCGAGGCUGAGAAGGGGGAAGAGAGGAGCCUUUACAAAUCCUACAGCUGCUAACCCAGCCCCCCGCCCCUUAAGAACCCCCCCAAACUCCCCAACUCCGUCGGCCAGGCAUGGAGAGGGGGACUGGCUGGUACCCAGCUUGCUACAUCGCUCUGCUCGCCUGGACAUGGCUUUUGCUCUCCCUUUGGUGUUUCACCGGCGCUGAAAUAACUUGCAGAUCCUGCUCGUCUUCAUCAUCGGCGCCUUCUUCGUCCUCCUGGCGGGUGAAACAGCAGCAGCAGGAGCCGCCGCCGCCGCCGCCUCGGGGAUUAUUGCGCUGGCCGGGGAGCAGGGAGGUGGGAUUGGCCAGGGAAGGAGCCCUGCAGGAGGAGCAGCCCGGCGGAGGAUGGGGGCUCGGGGACCAGGACGAAGAGGAGGCGGCGCUGGUUGUGGUGCUGGAAGAGGAUCGGGGCUGGGGAAGGGUCCAGCCGGCCGCGGGAGCGGCGGAGGGGCCGGGGGCCGCUCGCAGGAGCCGGGCGAAGGGGGAUGGCUGGGCUGGGGAGGCGCACGGGAAUCCUCCGUCCGGGCAGCGCUUGGGGAUGGCGAAGCGGAGCGGAGCAGCCGCCGCCUCUGGCCGGGAGGAGACGCCGCUGCCGCCCGGAGGUGCCCAGGAGGCGGCCGGCUCGGUGGGCAAAGGGACUAGCCCCCACCCGCUGCUGCCCAGGGCGAGGAGGAGCAGCGGGGCCCCCCAGCAUUUCGCCCCUGGCCAUGGCCCGGCAGGCGGGGGCAGCCCUUGGGCGGACGGGCCGAAAGUCACCCGGACUCAAGCCAGAGGCUCCAAAGAGGAAGGGAAAGUGGCCAAGCUGCGCGGCGGCGAGGAGCUGAAACUGACCAGCACCACCUGCGCCCUGAGCGGGGACUCGGCCCACAACCAAGCCAUGGUGCACUGGUCGGGCCACAACAGCAGCGUGAUUCUCAUUCUAACAAAGCUCUACGACUUCAACUUGGGGAGCGUUACUGAAAGCUCACUGUGGAGGUCAACGGACUAUGGCACUACCUAUGAAAAGCUAAAUGACAAAGUGGGCCUGAAGACCGUGCUAAGCUACCUUUACGUCAGUCCUACGAACAAGAGGAAGAUAAUGCUCCUGGGUGACCCAGAGAUUGAGAGCAGCAUAUUGAUCAGCUCUGAUGAAGGCGCCACCUAUCAAAAGUACCGGCUGAACUUUUACAUCCAGAGCCUGCUGUUCCACCCCAAGCAGGAGGACUGGAUUCUGGCAUACAGUCUCGAUCAAAAGAUGUAUAGCUCUAUGGAUUUUGGAAGACGCUGGCAGCUAAUGCAUGAGCGGAUCACUCCAAACAGGUUUUACUGGUCCGUAAUGGGGUUGGAUAAGGAGCCUGACCUUGUGCACAUGGAAGCCCGGACAGCUGAUGGACAUGCCCAUUAUAUAACCUGUCGGAUCCAGGAGUGCUCGGAGACUACCAGAAGUGGACCGUUUUUGCGCUCCAUCGACACCAACUCACUUGUUGUCCAGGAUGAAUAUGUCUUUAUUCAGGUGACGGCUGGUGGAAGAGCAAAUUACUAUGUGUCGUACAAAAGGGAACCCUUCGCUCAAAUUAAAUUGCCCAAAUACUCACUACCAAAGGACAUGCAUAUUAUUAGCACGGAUGAGAAUCAGGUGUUUGCAGCCGUACAGGAGUGGAACCAGAAUGAUACGUACAACCUUUAUAUAUCUGACACCCGAGGGGUCUACUUCACGCUGGCCUUGGAGAAUGUGAAGAGCAGCCGGGGGCUGGAGGGAAACAUCAUCAUUGACCUUUACGAGGUAGCAGGGAUCAAAGGCAUAUUCCUGGCUAAUAAGAAGAUAGAGGACCAGAUAAAGACUUUCAUCACCUACAACAAGGGCAGAGACUGGCGCUUGCUGCAGGCUCCUGACACCGAUCUGAGAGGGGGUCCUCUACACUGCCAGCUGCCUUUUUGUUCCUUGCACCUACAUUUGCAAAUCUCAGAGAAUCCAUACACAUCAGGAAGUAUCUCCAGCAAGGAGACGGCUCCCGGGCUUGUGGUGGCUACAGGCAACGUUGGCUCUGAACUCUCAUAUACCGAUAUCAGCACGUUCAUAUCUUCUGAUGCCGGAAACUCAUGGAGACAGAUCUUCGAGGAAGAAUACAAUGUGUGGUAUCUCGACUGGGGUGGGGCACUUGUGGCCAUGAAGCGCACGUCAAUGCCUAUCCGGCAUCUGUGGGUGAGUUUCGACGAAGGAAGAUCCUGGAAUAAAUAUGCCUUCACCUCGACACCGCUUUUUGUGGAUGGGUCCCUUGUGGAGCCGGGCAUAGAGACGCAGCUAAUGACAAUUUUUGGCCACUUCAGUCUCCGCUCUGAAUGGCAGCUGGUCAAAGUGGACUACAAAUCCAUCUUCAGCAGGAGGUGCAACAAAGAGGACUACCAGACCUGGCACCUGCACAAUCAGGGUGAGCCUUGCGUCAUGGGAGAGAGGAAGAUCUAUAAGAAACGCAAGCCUGGAGCCCAGUGUGCCCUGGGUCGAGACUACUCCAGAACCGUUGUAUCAGAACCUUGUGUCUGUGCCGAAUGGGACUUCGAGUGUGACUAUGGCUAUGAAAGGCACAGUAACAACCAGUGCAUGCCAGCUUUCUGGUUCAACCCGUCCUCCUUGCCAAAAGACUGCAGUCUUGGCCAGAGCUACCUGAACAGCACCGGGUAUCGGAGGAUUGUGUCUAACAAUUGCACGGACGGGCUGCGGGAGAAAUACAUGGCCAGAGCGGAACAGUGCCCCGGCAAAGCCCCACGUGGGCUGCACGUCCUCACCUCUGACGGCAAGCUGCUUGCCCAGCAAGGGCACAACACCACCUUCAUCAUCCUUAUGGAAGAGGGCGAUCUCCAGCGGACAAACAUCCAGCUGGAUUUCGGAGAUGGUAUUGCCAUGUCCUAUGCUAAUUUCAGCCCCAUAGAAGAGGGCAUCAGGCAUGUUUAUAAGAGCGCUGGGAUCUUUCAGGUGACGGCCUACGCGGAAAACAGCCUGGGCUCCGACACUGCUGUCCUCUUCCUACAUGUGGUCUGUCCAGUGGAGCAUGUCCAUCUGAACGUACCCUUCGUUGCCAUUAGGAAUAAGGAAGUCAACCUUACCGCGGUGGUGUGGCCAAGUCAAUCGGGCACCCUUACCUACUUCUGGUGGUUUGGUAACAGCACCAAGCCCCUCAUCACCCUGGAAAGCAGCGUCUCCUACACCUUCGCCACCGAGGGGACGAACACCAUCACGGUGCAGGUCUCCGCUGGGAGUGCCCUCCUCCAGGACACCAAGGACAUCGCCGUGCAUGAGUAUUUCCAGUCUCAGCUCUUGUCGUUUUCCCCUAAUCUGGAUUACCACAAUCCUGACAUCCCCGAGUGGAGACAAGACAUCAGCAAAGUGAUCAAGCGAGCUCUAGUGCAGGUGACUGGCAUCCCUGAUGAGCAGAUUUUGGUGGCAGUAUUUCCUGGCCUGCCCACCUCCGCUGAGCUCUUCAUACUACCCCACAAAAACACGACGGAGAGGAGGAAAGGCCAUGAAGGCGAUCUGGAGCAGGUUGUUGAACUCCUCUUUAAUGCUCUCAACCAGAACCUGGUCCAGUUUGAGCUGAAGCCUGGCGUCGAAGUCAUCGCGUACGUCACUCAGUUGACGUUAGCGCCGCUCGUGGACUCCAGCACCGGGCACAGCAGUUCGGCGAUGUUGAUGUUGUUGUCUGUGGUCUUUGUCGGCUUGGCUGUUUUUUUAAUCUACAAAUUUAAAAGGAAAAUCCCGUGGGUUAACAUCUACGCUCAAGUCCAGCACGACAAGGAACAGGAGAUGAUCGGUUCCGUCAGCCAAAGCGAAAGUGCCCCCAAGAUCGCGCUGAGUGAGUUCACUGACCCUGAGGAGCUAAUGGAGAAAGAACUGGACACACGGGUUAUAGGAAGCAUCUCAACAAUUGCUAACAGCGAAAGCACAAAGGAAAUCCCCAACUGCACUAGUGUUUAAUAGCGAGAAUCCACUUGGUCUACAGCAUUUCUGGCUUUUUAUUUGUAAUUAUUAUUAUUAUUGUUAUAAUUAUUAUUAUUAAAAAAAGAAAAUGAUGCAUCAUUAUCAUCAUUUGGGGGCGGGGCUGGGAAGAGGUGUUUUGUUUACCAGGGCCACAUUCAUAAACAGCAGGUAGAUGUUUAGCAUUUGGAAAAUUCCCAUUGGUUAAACAUAACGAUUGUAGGCCAAGACUACGGGGCUAAGGGAUUUGAGUGCCUGGUUUGAGUUAAAAUUACUGGGAAUCACGUGUCUAAAUCCCCUAGGUGGAUCUGAACGCCUCAGCUGAACUAUUGCAGGCAAACAAUCCACUUCCCGCCUCCACGCUCUGCAGUAAAUCAACAGCCUAAGACACGGGAGUUGAGUCUGCAACGUGCGGAGUGCCCUCAGCUCCCAAUGAUCCUUAGCCGGAUCAGGCCCACUCAAUUGACUCUCCUUGUCCUUUGAUGGGGAAACAAACUGAGUGACGUUAACCAUUUGGGUUCUGAAGCUGGCGAGGGGGAUGCACAAGUUUAUGAAUGAGGCUCCAACCUGUGCAUGUGACUGGUGAGGAUACCGAUGGCAUACUGUAGAUAAUUCCAGUGUAAAUAACUUUUUAUUUCUUGGGAAACAAUUUAAUGUUUAGUAAAAGAAAAGUUUAAAAUAAAACCCACCCCCCCACACAAACACACCAACCAGCCCACCAAGGACCCCAUGUGAGUUCUUGCGUGACACAUGGGUUCUGAAUAUAUUCCAGUUGUCUGUCGUAUUUAACUCUUGCAUCGCUAUGUUCCAUGGUGAUUUUUCUUUUUGCAUAACAGGAAGGAUUUUUUUUAGGGGGAGAAUGAUUUUAAGAGGCAGGAACGAGGAUUUCAUAGCACGCUUUAACAAUGCGCAGUGGUUUUUCACCCCAGUUCUACGCUAAGCCACUGCCCGUAGACUUCCAGUGCAGAAUCUGGUGUCACAGGGUAGAGAACAUGACGGAAGUGAGGAGAAAGGAUCUUGAUCUCAAUGAUGGGCAAACCUCAUAGUAGUUGGGUUUGAACAGGCUUCCGAAAGCCGGGCCUGAUCCUACAACCCCUGCUCGCAAUAGGCCAGAUUCUGAUAUCCUUAUUCGCACUGAGGAGUACUUUUGAGUAGUCUCUCUGAAGUCAUGCUCUGGAGGCCAGAGCACUUCCACGUGAGUAAAGGUAUUGGAAUGUGGCCUGAUGCAAUACUGCAUGUAAUUAGGGACUGUUUGGGGGAAUAAGGGUUGCAGGUUCAAGCCUGGUGCAGAGCUGAAUCUACAUUUUCUCCAAACCUCUUGAGGCUGCAAAAUUGAGCUGGGGUUCUCCUAGAAAGAGGCUUCCUUACCAGGCUUCCAGGGCAGCUGCUUGCAAGCCUAGCUGGAAAUGCUGCAUGAACAACUUUUGAUGGUUGGUGCUGCUUGGUCAAACUAUGGCAUGAGGAAAAGCAGCAUGAAAAUGGGUUCAGAGGAUGGGAAGUUCUCUGCAGGUUUUAGAGCCUUCUGAGCUCUUUGGUUCCGGUUCCGAACUGGGAGAGCGUUCCAAGUGGGAGGAAAUGGGGAAGAUGCUAAAAAUGAGCCCAGUCCUGCCAGGGCCCAAAGGGAGCGGAGGAGAGUGCCUGGCUGGGACACCUUUAGGCGAUGCUCAGCCUCUUGCAGGAUUAUAGAAAGCAGAGGUGGGCUCUAUGUCAACUCCAGCUCCAAGCCUCCCUGAAGUUUGGGGUGUUUGGAUACAGCGUUCCAGUUCGUCUCCAACGUACCCGCAGAGCUGAGCAGGAGGCUAAGAUUUCAAGCACCCUGGAAGUGUUACUAGCGUCAUAUGCCUAGGGCUCUGUUCAUCAGACGAAAGGUGGUUCAAGGAUCUUUAUGGGGAGAAAAGCAGCUGCUAUUUCAAGAUUCAAUCAAACCAGGCAAAUUUAGGGAAAUGGCAUUGUGUGAAACGUUAAAGCAAAACAACCUCAAACCACCGCUGCUCCCAUUCUAAUCCGCCACUUAACAAGCUUGAUGUCCUUUCCAUCCGUUUAAAAAUAAUUUCCCUCACCCCGUCACUUCUGCUCUAGUUCCUGAUGCAAACCAGAGACUGAUGGCUGUGCUUUGCUCGCUGACCUUGUGUUUCCAUCCAUCACAUGAGCAUACACUGGUUCUGUUAUGGUAUCCUUGCGACCGAAACCCCAAAGUGUUUUACAGUAAUGGGCCAAUCUGCUGAUAAUACUGUCACGGCAGCGCCAUUAUUUUCAAAUAGGGGUGUGUGUGUGUGUGCGUGUGCGUGUGCGCGCGCCAUUCGCCCUACUCAGAAUUUUGGCGGAGCUUUUGUGAGCGGCUGAGCAGAGAAAUGGCCCUUGUUUCCUGCCAAACCAUUGUACCAAAUGAUUUUCACUUUGAACGUUUUCAGAGAAUUUUAGAGGGGUUUUUUUUUCCCCAGUGAAAUGAAUUUUUUCAUUUGGAUUUGAUUCAGUACAAAAAAAAAUGCAUGUGGGGUUCCUCUCCCCCCUUCACCUUUUUCUGCCUUUCCCCCUUGCACAUUGGGGCGGCAAGGAAACAUGAGAAGGGAGGGGAACCCACAAAAAAUGAGUAAUUUUGGUAUUUGGGAGAGCUGGGAAAUAGGACCAUUUUUAAAUGAUGCAAAGAUUUGGCACCAAAAACGCCGUAUCGGUCACAAAGCCGUGCUUGUGUUGAGGGAACGUUUCAAGCAUCUCUAGUCCUGAGCAAACUUCAGCUUCCGUGGGACUUAGUGGGAACCGGGGGUGGGGGUGAUCCAGAGCUUCCUGAAACCAAUGGGAGUUUCUCCACAGAGUUCAAUGAGCUUUGGCUCAGGCCCUGAGACUGCCUGCUCACGUGCUCUUAGCGUCCAUCACCCAGUCGCUGGGAGGCGUAGUUCUCCGCUUAGGUAGCCAUGCACACGCUAGCUCUGCUCAAGCUAGCUCCUAAAUAUAGCAGCGUGGGCACAGCAGGGUGGCGUGGCAGAUGGCCGAGCUAGCACAUCUGGGGAUUCACCUCCUAGCUGUGGUGUAGUUAUUGGGCCCUCGGUUCAGCCCAUCCCAAGUGCUUUUUAUUAAAAUAAUAGAACAAUGGGCAAAGAGCACUGAGCUAUUUGAAGCUCAUCUGAGUCAUAAUGUUGGCUGGAACUAGCCUCCCUCACAGCUGCUGCAGAAUGGGGUGUGGCCACAGUAAAGGGUGUGGCCAGAGCACACUUGUACUCUGGUAAUCCCUGGUUGCAGCCACCAUCAGUUAAGCAGCCCUGAGGUAGCUCUAAAUUGCUCCAGGAGCCCAACCAGCCACUGCUUAGUCCUGGGGAUCGGAGAAGUGCAAAGGUGGCACAAAUCCUCAUUCUUCCCUUUGGCACCUGCCUGUAUCACCCUUGAGGAGCAAGGUCAGAAACUCUGGUUUCUUUUGAAGAGUUUUAAAAGAAAAUCCCUCCUUUUAUGUUGUAAGGAUUAAAUGGGGCAGACAAUUGCAAUCCUCCUAUUAAACACGGUAAUACAAAUGCAUGUCACAUAUAUACAUAUAUAUAAAU